AUGACGCCGGAGGGGAUGAGAGAAGUGGGUACUGGGGAGGGGAUCAGGGGAGGAACGCGCGCCUCCGCUCCGCUCCGCGACGAGGGCGAGGAGGAGGAGGAAGAGGUCGACGGGACUGAGGUGGGCAGCGCACCGGAUGAUGAAGCGAGGCGCAAGGGGCUAGUCACACCGCACCCGCAGCGGAUAGAAUACUAUAAUCGGAGGAAAAGCCCGCGGGGAAGUGAGGUCAAGUCUGCUCAAGCCGGAGGCAAUGCGAUGCGAUGCAAUAUUGCGGAGGCGGAGGUGGAGUGGAGAGGUUUCUUGUCCGCCGGGUCUCUGACCCCGCUGCUGGGAAAACGACGCACGGCGGAGGAAGCUUCGGCGCGGGAGAGGGCACAGCUUGUCGCGAUCACCAGCACGAGCUCAAGACGCUUGCUGGUGAGUGAGUGA